UUCAUCCGGAAGUGCGAGGUAAAAAAUGGCGGCCUCUAUGAGCGAGUUUAAGAAACACAACGCAAUUCGUUUACAAUUUAUCCAUUUAUCGCGACAUUUUAUAAACAACGCCAAAGUUUAUUUUCUUCUACUUUUUCUGAUCACACUGACAUCCCGCUGUUCCGGAAAUGACGACUUUCAGAGAGACGAAUUUCUUAAGAGGGAGUAUUCGCUGACGAAGCCAUACCAAGGUCUGGGAUCAUCGAGCUCGUCACACUGGGAUUUACUGGGCAAUGCCAUUAUCACACCUGAGUAUGUUCGCCUGACUCCAGACCUGCAGAGCAGACAGGGAGGCGUGUGGAGUCGCAUUCCAUUUUACGUACGAGACUGGGAGCUCCAGGUGCACUUUAAGAUCCACGGCCAGGGCAAGAAGAACCUGAAUGGUGAUGGUCUGGCUCUGUGGCUGACCAGAGAACGCAUGCAAAUAGGUCCCGUGUUUGGGAACAUCAAUCAUUUCACCGGCCUGGGGAUUUUUAUCGACACGUAUCCCAACCAUGAAAAUCAGCAUGAGAGAUCAUUUCCAUUUAUUUCGGCGAUGGUGGGAAAUGGGACAGUGGCCUACGACCACGAUCAGGACGGAAGGAACACGGAUCUGGGUGGCUGCCAGGCUGCUGUACGUAACGUUGACUACGACACAUUCGUCCUGGUCAGAUACGUGAAGAACAUGCUAACGGUGAUGAUCGACAUAGAAGGAAAGCAGGACUGGAAGGAGUGUGUAGAGAUCCCAGGUGUCCACCUGCCUCAAGGGUAUUACUUUGGAGCCUCAUCGCUUACUGGAGAUCUGUCAGAUAACCAUGACCUGAUCUCCCUCAAGCUUUUUGAGCUAACAGUGGAGAGAACUCCUGAGGAACUGGAGAACGAGCAGGAGGUCAAGAUACCCAGCGUGGACUACCGAGAGAUUCCAGUGGAGGUUGUGGAUGAAGGCAUGAGCACGCUUACCCUCCUCUUCCUGUUCAUUUUCUCUGUGGUCGGCCUUGUUGUGUUAAUCGUGGUGCUUCUCUUCAUCUAUGCGCGCUGGAAGGAGCGCAGCCGCAAGCGCUUCUAUUGACAGUUCUCACUGCUGCAUCUAACAGACGUUACCUCUGACACCGAAGAGCCAUACGAGAGACAAUACAGCCUUGUCCUUGUACUCUCGUUCAUCUGCUAAAGUUUAUAAUAUGCUUGAAUUUUACUAUGGAAAGAACAAAGUGUGUGUGUGUGAGUGAGUGCGAGGCACAGAUUUGUACCUGAAGUGUGUAUACAUAUUGUAGAACUACAUAACCAGCAUUGCGUGUGAUAUGAUGUGUGCCUGUUUGAGUGCGUUCAAGAUCUGUUCCUGAACUGAGAAAUAUAUAUUAGACACACAUAGACAGACAGCUGUAUCUGCUCUAGUGAAUCGUAAACAUUUUGUUUUGGAAUUUUGACUUCUUUUUUUAAGACAUUUAUGAUAAAAGAUGGAAACAUAAAUUCAGUCAUACAUUUUUGCUCAUAAAAUAAAUAAUGUUACCAUUUGCAAGGAAAAUCCAAUCGAACACAAACUUGGCUAAUUAUUCUUUGAGAAUGUUCAAGAAAAUGUUAGAAACUCACACAAGGUCUCACAUCAAGGUCUUUAAUAUGAGUAUUGAUUUAUUUGCACGCACGCACGCACGCGCGCACACACACACACACACAAACUCCCACCCUGAAGUGUAUGCACACAUCCAUUUUUGUGCCAUUUUACACAAAAUACACCAAAAAUCUGCCAAACUCUCAUCACAAUGUUAUGCUGGAUGUGUUGUAUAGAUAGGACAGUGUUACGUGAACAAAACUGUUCACUGAUUCAUAUCAACUUGGUGUUUUCUUUUUUUGUUCGUUUGUUUUUAACUAAUAAAAAGAUCACAGUAGCAAUUUUUUGGGGUUUAAUUGUAUGGGUGGUUUUUUUAUUGGGUUUUUUUUUGUUUUUUUGUUUUUUUUUGGGGGGGGGGGGGGUUUAAGUCUGUGAACAUCAAUGCACUGAAAUCUCCAGAGUCUUACUCGGAUAUUGUUUAAUUGUCUCACAGCUCAGUGAUUGAGAUGCUGGUGAAAAUGUUAGAAAUGUCUUCAAAUGAACAAAAAAAAGCAUUUUAAUUUUUACAUUAUGUCCUUUAAGUGUUAUUUGGUUGGUUAUCCUGCUCUUACAUUGUGUUCUGACUUUCCUGAUUAUUUUUAAGGUGUCAGCAAUCAGUGAACAAAAUCUGUACGCGUACAGAAAAUCUUUUGCUCCCUGCUAAUUAGAAAUAAGAUUAGAGAUUGGAUUACACUGUACUGUACUACUUUAAACUGCUGUUGCAUGUUAUUUUUGUUUUUUGAAGGGUUUUGUGUCUGUAUUCUGAAUAAAAGGGUUCUUGGGAAAAGGGGUCAAGGAAGCUUAAUGAAAAUAUUAUAUAGAAUAUUAAAUUGAUCAAAUUUACACACUUUAAAACUCCUAUUUUGAAAUCUCAGAAAUGCUGAAUGUCUGAGAAAUGUAUUUUGAAGCAAAAAAAGAAUAAUUAGUGAUGUUGAUUCAGAAGCUCCUGGAUUAACAGUUAAGAGACUGACAUUAUGUUUCCCUAACGGUUUGUCCUAAUAUUUGUUCGAAUAUUCAAAAUAAAGGAGUUUUCAUAAACCGAAA